UUUUGAGGCGGCUUUGGGCUGGAUUUUACUAGGACCUGGCAACCCGAUACUGAUGACUUCCUGCUUGAAAAAGUGAAACAAACUGCAGCGUGUGUACAUUCAAAAAGUGUUAACAGUGUUCUGAGUGACACUGUGAUGAUAUAUUGGACCAAACAAAAAGCGCUUCAACUUGUACUACUCUUUAGAAAACAAUGUAUAACGUUACCUUUUUACUGAAACAAACUUCUUGACGGUUACGGUACGUUAGGUCUUCUUGGCUCGUUUUGUUCCCGCUUGAUAUUGUUUUGAUUUCCCUGACAACUGAACGACGCCAUAGGUGGAGAUAGAGAUGAGCCUGCCACAGAUAUUCACUGCAGUGAGACUACACCCGCCAAAUUCAGUUUCAAGCAAAAGCAAGAUUGUGAAACACAAAUAUGAAGAUUCGAAUGGUGUUGCCAGCGGGUCGUUUCGAGAGGCUGAAGAUAUGUAUAGGAGACGUAUAAUUGUGCCAACAACAUGUGAUGGAAGUAGGGAUCUAAGACAAGAGCAGAGACCAGCUCAAAGUAACUCUUUAGUAGUUGAACCAGUUAAGGUUGAUGGCAUUGUUAUGGAUUACAUUGAAAAAAUGAAAUCCAAGGAACUUGACAUAAUUAAAAAAAGGAAUGCGGUUAUCAUGAAGCGAGAUGAUAGAUAUAUGACCUUUAUGUCUCCGUCUGGUAAGAGCGUUCACGCUCAGUUUGCACGAGAACAGUUUAUAACAUUGUAUCAAAAGAUUGCAACGGGGCUGCAAACUAGGACAUACGAUUGCAGUCAAGGAAUUAUUGCGCAUUGCCAAGCAGAAUUUCCAGAACUCCUAAUCACUCAUAAAGAUGAAAGGCGAUUGCAACUGACUGGCAACUUCAUUAGCCUUGAAAGAUUUGAGACAUUUUCGAAUGGGAGUGCACAGACAUAUUCACACUACCAAACCCCAAAUAAAACAAAAGUCAAUGACACACCUUACAAGCAACCUGUGAAACAACAGAAAUCCAUAGACCAAGCCAAAGAUGAGGCGUGUCCAAUUUGUUUGGAAACACUCAAGAUAUCUGAAUGCACAGUCUUGUCUAAAUGUAAACAUAGAUUUUGUAAAGACUGUUUGGAGAGAGCUUUCCAUGUGAAGCCAACUUGUCCGAUAUGCGGAGAGAUAUACGGCAGUCUUACAGGGACGCAACCAAAAGGAGGAACCAUGACUGUCUCAUCAGACAGGUCCUCUCUACCUGGAUAUGAAAGAUAUGGUACAAUCAUAAUUAACUACCAUAUACCAAGUGGAUAUCAGGGGGAUGAACACCCAAACCCAGGCAUGCCGUACCAGGGUGCGACCCGCAUAGCUUACCUCCCUUACUCAACAGAGGGGAAUAAGGUACUGAAGCUUCUGCAGAGGGCAUUCGACCAGCGACUCACUUUCACCAUUGGACGCUCAUCUACUACUGGACAGAACAAUGUGGUAACCUGGAAUGACAUUCACCAUAAGACGUCUCGUUAUGGAGGGCCAACCUGCUAUGGUUACCCAGAUCCAGACUACCUGAAACGAGUACAAGAUGAACUGAAAGCAAAAGGAAUCGACUAACUACUUGUAAUCAGUUCAGACACUAUUAUUACAACCAGUAGUCAUAUUAAAACAAGGACAAGAAUAAAGUAAUAUUUAAGUCUUGUGAUCACUAAUCAAGGUAAAGCACUUUUCUUUCUUUUUUUUACAGGCAUUCUUAAUGUUUAACACAGUUUUGAAUGUAUGAAUCUCAUGAAGCAGUAUAAGAGAAACAGAGUUAAGGGUUAUUCAGUGCAUUUUUGCAUUCCACUGCGCUACCUUUUCAUUGUUUUAACAAGGAGAUGUUUGACCAUUGCUUUAAUGUCUUUUGCAGCAUCACAUGUGACAGCAUUUUCAAAAUGCCCCUAAGAAAAUCUACUAUUAUGAUGUUAUGUAUGCAGUAUACCUUGUUUGUUUUACUUUAAAAAUAAUCAUUGCUAUAUUAUAUUGUGAUUAGAUUUUUUAAAUGGAUGAACAUGCAGUAAAAUUAAGUGUCAUGUAGUGUAUAGAAAAUUAUAGAGCCUCGGCAGCAAAAAACUCAUGACCAGUGUUCAUGAGAAACUAAUCAAACCAAGAGCAGGUCAUUUUAGUAACACUAAACCAUUCCCAUUGAUAUCAGGCUUUUUAAUAUUAACUUUUUUUUUUUCUGGUUCAUUUAUUGUUUACCUUUGUUUUGAUUUUGGUGGAUUGUAGUAUUAAAACUAGGAUGA